AUGCCGAAGUGCCCUAGUUGCAACAAGGAGGUUUACUUUGCGGAACGGGUGACAUCUCUGGGUCAGGACUGGCACCGCCCCUGUUUGAAGUGCGAUCGAUGUAAGAAAACGCUUAGCCCUGGAUCACACAGUGAGCAUGAAGGCAAACCAUACUGUACGAAACCAUGUUACCAAAGUUUAUUUGGACCCAAA